AAGCAGUACAAAGGUUAAAAGAUAACCGCAGCGCUCUGUAUUUGAAAACAAGAGUGAGCGAUUGAUAUGAAACUAACUGCUAAAUGAUCAGUUUUGCCCAUUAUUGUCGAUGAUUCUACAAUAACUAAAAUACCAUGCCACUGGAUAAAGGAAAGCUCAGAUGUCUUGUCAAUUGGAUAAAUUCUAUUGGUGUUGGCGAUUGCAUUGAGUCCCUACAGCAACUCAACGAUGGAAUGCAUUUUAUUGCAAUUCUGAAAAUAAUAAAUGGUGAUAAUGGAACCUCGUACUGUGACAUGCCUACCCAAAGGUUUCGAUUGGUUAACACAUUCCUAGAAGGUCACUACAACAUCAACAAUCUUAGUGCCGUCCUGAAGCUUGACCGCAUAUGCAAAGGAGACAUACUGGAACUGGCAAAGGUCACAUCUCUGUUGCUCUGUGCUGCUGUUCAGUGUCCUAGCAACGAAAACUUUGUUGAGCCAAUCACAAAGCUUGAUCAGGGGUCUCAGAUGGACUUGAUGGAGAUAAUUCAACAUGUCAUACAAGCUGAAGAAAACAUGAGUCUUAGGCAUGAUUUUGCUGAUAUUCUUUACAAGAAAGUAUCUAUGAGAAAAUCCUCUACAAACAACCCUAUACAUAUAAAUGGAAUAUUCGGAGGCGAGUCGAUGUCAUCAGAUGACAGUACAACAAUGGCUGAUGCCGCCAGUCCAACAUUACCCAUGUUCAUACCAGAAUCACCGUUUAUUCGUCAAUGUCUAAACCAGUCGCCAAUGAUGUCCCCUAUACGCAAGUUUAUGCGCUCUCCCCAGAUGGCCCAAAAGAUAUCACUCAGAAAAUUUCAAGAUCGAGCUAAAAAAUUAGAGCUUCGAAUUGGCGAAGAAAUUGCAUUGCGACAAGAUCGAGAAGCUGAGCUCAAAGAAAAGUGUGCCGUUAUUAAUUCACAAGAAUUAAAAAUCCGAGAACUGUUGGCUGACAAGAGUAGCCACCGGCAUCUCCAGGAUGAAGCAGAUGAACACCAGGCAACCAAGGUGGAGCUAGAGAAAGUGCAACGAGAGGUUAUUAGACUGCGAAAGAAGACAGCCAUUACUGGAGAAUCCAGGACAAUGGUGGCACAUCUUGAGAAACAGGUGGAGAACUUGAUGGCUGAGAAGGAUGAGCUCCAGACAGUAGUGAAGAACUAUGAUUUUAUAAGAUCAGAGCAUGAGCGACUGAAGGUGUCGUUGCACAAAGCAGAUUUUACCAAUGAGGGACUGCAGAAUACCGUGACCCAACUCAGGCAAGAGAUGGAGCUGCUGGUGAAUUCCAAAGAGGAAAUAUCUAACACAGCUCUGCAGAAACAGCAGAUUCUACUGGAGAAAAUAGCAGAGCUUGAAGGCGAGCUAGCAGAAAAGAAUUCAUUGAACAAGAGCCUGGGAGAGUCGAUGGGAAUGCUAACAGACAGACGUGUCCUGGACUUGGAAGAUGAACUGGAAAACACCAAGAAGACCUUUGAUGCUAAUUAUAUGGAAGUAAAAACUCAACUGAACCAAGCCCAGAGCCACAUAUCAGGAUUGGAAACAAAAAUUGAACAUAGCCAACAGCAGUGUAAUACACUUAGCACCAGCCUGAAAGAAUCUCAGCAGAGAUGUAAUGGCCUUCAGCAAACUGUCCACACUGUUCAAGAGCAGGCCAUUUUGCUGCAGACUGAAAAAGACUACUUAAGAACAGAACUGACAGCAGUGAGGUCGGAAAAGGAGGAAGCUUCAAGCUGUCUGUCCAGGGUUAGAGAGCAACUUGAACUUAACAGACAACAGUGUACCUCCCUUAGCACCGAUCUGAAAGAAUCCCAGCAGAGAUGUGAAAGUCUACAGAAUACAAUCCUUACUGUGAACCAACAGGCUGUUCUGCUGCAGACUAAGAAUGAACACCUACAAAAGGAGCUGACUUCAGUGAGGUCAAUGAAGGAGGAAGCUUUAACAAGUCUUUCAAAGAUUACAGAGCAACUUGACCUUAGCAAGCAGCAGUGCUCCUCCCUCAGCACCAACCUGAAAGGAUCCCAGCAGAGAUGUGAAAGUCUACAGAAUACAGUCUUCACUGUUAACCAGCAGGCUGUUUUGCUGCAGACUAAGAAUGACCAACUACAAAAAGAGUUGUCUGCAGUGACAUCAGAGAAAAAGGAAGCUUUAACAAUUCUAGCUAGCGUUAGAGAGCAGCUUGAAGAGGAGAAGUCUGUUAAAGAAAAGAAGAUAUCAGAUAGAAUCUUAGAAUACAAUAAUUUGCAAACAAAAUUUGAAAAUUCUGAAAGUCUUUUACUUCAACAGAUUAAAGUAGCUACAGAUGAAAAAGAAAAGUUAAGGACAGAGUUGGAGAAAGUACAGACAGAGAAACAAGCAAUUAUUGCUGAGAUGGAGAACCAGGUUAGGGGUUUAAGGGAAGAGCUGUCACAUCAGGGGACGGUUGUGGAGAAGUUGGAACUAGCUAAGAGUCAGUCAGAUAAAAUGGAACUGGAGCAUCAACAGAUGAUGAAAGAGGUCAUGAAUCAGCUUCAAAUGAAAAAUGAGACAAUUGUGAAUCUUGAAUCUCAGAUGGAUGUUAAAGUGAGUGAGAUGCAAAGGAACCUUGCUAACAAAGAUUCUAAGAUAGAGAAACUCAAAGCAGAUUUGGAUGCAGUGAUUACCAGUCUUCAAGCUGAUCUGAGGCAAAAGGAAGUAACUCUUGGUAAAGUUAAUGAGGAAUUUAAUUACAUGUCAGAAAAAGUAAAUGCUGAGCAGGAAAAAAACACUGGUCUUGUGGAGGAAAUAUCAAUACUGUCCACGGAGCUUGAAAAUAUCAAGGAAUCUAAUGGCAGAAAGAUCAAUGAGCUGACUGAGAAACUGAAUGAGGUAACAGCUAAUCUUCAACACGCCAGCUGCAGUAACAAUGCUCUACAGGAACAAUUUGAUCUCGCCAAUUCUAAACAUCAGUCAGAAAUGAAUAGGCAGAAUGCCCAAUUCCUUGAAAUGAAAGUUAUAUUAGAAACAGAAGUUACCGAAGAGAGGAACCUCACCAAAAAUCUGAAGGAAGAACUUAACAGAAAAACCAGUGAAUGGGAACAGAGGGAAGCAGGGUUGAUAAAGGACAUUAAGGAAGGAACUAUCCUAUUGUCAGGAGAACAGCGUAAAUGUCAAAAUCUAAAAGAGGAGUUAGAGACUCUAUGUGAAGAGUCUAACAAAAAUGCUGAAAAGAACCAUUGUUCAAUGCAGAAGCGAGAGGAUGAACUCAAACAGAAGAAUGCCGAGCUUAAAAACAAGAUGAAUGAGCUUGAAAUGCAGUAUGAACAGAAUCUAAGUGCCAUGGAAUUCUCUAGCAAGGAAAUGCGAAGGAAGUGGGAAGAACUCCGGAAGAAUUCUGAGGAACGUCAUGAGAAGGAGAUUGUUGAAUUACAGGAGAGGUACAACAGGGAGAUCGAGACAACAAAGAGGGGAGAAGCAGUAAAGGCAGACCUUCUCAAACAAGAGCUUGAAGCAGCAAAGCUGGAACUGACACAAACUAAGAAGCAGUGCAAGAGAGAGUUGGAUUCUCUGAAGGAAAAGAAGAAAGUUCUGGAGAUCACUGCCAAUGAACAGCUUGCAGCAAAACACAAGGAGAUGGAAAAGGAACUCCACAGUUACAAGAAGCGUAUGGAGAAAGAGGCCCAGCAGUACAAAGCAAAAGCUGAGAAGCUGCAGAAGGAUUUGACCAAGACCUGCACUGACGCUAACGCUUACAAGAGUGAUCUGGAAAGACAAGCUAAUGAGAAGCUGCAAGAGAUGAAGAAAGAGUUGGAGAAGGAAAAAGGAAACUUUUCAGAGAAGAUCUUCUCAUUGGAGAAUGAAAAUCACGUUAUGAAGUGCAAUUUGGAAAAGCUUCAUGCAAAAGCGCUCACUGACAACACAGAGCUCAUGGAAGAACGUUCUGCGAAAGAACAUUUGGCGCAACGUGUACGCUCCCUCCAAACACAGCUUGACUUUGCUGACCGUCAACUCAGAGAAAAGUCAAACUCGGUGAGCAGUACAAAAAGUGAUGUGCUUGAUGAAAGUGCCGCUAGUCACUCAAUGGAUAGCCUUGAUGGAAGUCUAGGCCUAAGCAUGGAGGAUCUUAGGCCUAGCUCAAGGGCAAGUCUGGCCUCCCUGGACUCUAAUGCUUCUGGAGUAAGCACAAGAUCCCGGUCUAAAAGCCGUACUACUAUCAUUAUCAACAUGUCUAAAACAUCUACUAGUCUUAACACGACCCAAGAACCUAACCCUGCUUCAACCUCCAUUGUUAGCAAAGACCAGUCUCACCUCAGCAUUGCUAACCCAAAUGCAAGCAAGUACAGCUUUACUAGAAGUCAGCUGAGCCUAGCUAGCAGCCUAGGCCCUGAUUAUCCGGAUAGUCUGAGUAGAACCUUAGACGAGCUAAGUGCCAGCCAGAAUUUAUUACAAUCUAAAAAAUUUGAUUCACCGAAGUACAGGGCAACAACUGGUAAAGGUCGUUUAGGGUUUUUCAUAACAAAUUCCCAUCAGAAUGAGGAACCGGACGACUUUGAUUGGGACCGCAUUUCAGAAUUAAAACGUAGAAACACACUCUGCCUUCCGCAUCUACAAACAUCGUAUCCGGCAGAGACACAGGCGUGUGAAAAAGCAGAUAUUAACCUGAAGACCACGGCAGUCCUUGAAGGGGCAGCUGGUGUGCCAACUUAUCAAUUAAGACAGACCCGUAAACGGAAGAGUGACGGGUUGGAUGACCUGCAAAGGUCGUCAAAGCUUCGGCCGCCGACAUCCACCACAUUUACAGUGCCAAAUGCCAUGCCGCCAAAACCAAAGAAGGUCGGACCUAGUCGCAGACCUCUCCAAACAAUAUCAGUAAAUGAGGAGAAGCCAAAAGAACCAGAAGUUCUGAAAAAAGAACUAGAGGUAGUAAAUACACGACGGGAGAGCACUGCGUUUAGCAUCGGUUUCUCGCCAAAGCCACAAUUCAAGAGGCGUUCAACGCGGAUGUCUUUUGGUAAAGGAUUUCUGAAGUCCAACAAACCAUCUGAAAAUAAAAACAAGCCUAAACCAGAUGAGGGUAAAGGAACCCCUGUAAUGAAAACACCAAAGAAUGGAAACAGUCGACGGAGAACAAUUGGAAACAUGUUGAAGUGGAAAGAGUGAAGGAUUACGUCAACCCUUUUCCAAUCAACCUGUCAGGGAUAAUGCGGAUCAAAAGAAGCUUCAAAUAAAAAUUGGCAAUAUAUUCUACCUAAACUGAGUUAAUACAAAUUUUGUAUUAUUAUUAUUUUGUACAGAUUUUGUGUUAUUCAAUGGGUUGGGCCAUGCAUGUGGUGUUGUCCCACAAGCACUCAUGAGCUUUGGCUGGACUGUCAAUCAAAAUUAAAUGACCAACAGCUUUUGUGGUAUUCAAUGGGUUGGGCCAUGCAUGUGGGAUUGUCCCACAAGCACUCAAGAGCCUUGGCACUGAAGGUCACCCCCUCCCCAAUAAUGGACCUUUCCAUUAAGCCCAGCCCCUUGGAUAUUGUUACCAAAUUCCCACAAAUCGACUGUUAAAAAUUAUACUAACACGUGCAUUUAUGGGACAACAUGUGUGUAUUCCUGGGCCUGUUUCAAUUGACACUUUGGAAAGGUCUAUUAUCUGUUGGGUUAUGUCCCCUGUGGUUGAUUGUUUUAAUUACCUUGAAUGCAUUGUUAUUGAUUCUGUAAAUAAGAAAUAUACUUUAAAGCUAUCAUAGUAUGUAAUUCUUUAAUCUGGGGUUUUGUAACAUUUGUAUAUACAGUAUACCUAUAAUUAUGAGUACUCUAGUGGUUAUCUUUAAAAUGUUAACAAAUCAAGCAUCUACUUAAACAAUUUUUGCUUAAAUUUAGUAGAUAACUCUAAGGCUGUAUCUCAACAAGCUAUUAUGUAUGCCUAGUGCUACACAGCGCCAUACAUUAUGUAAGUUGAAAAUAUGUCAAAACCUCUAUUGUAAUUUCAUAUUCUAUUUACUGCCAAUUUACAAAGUUUUACUAUAAUAAUACGUAGUUAUUUUGAAUACAUGUUUUUAUACUUACUUUAGUCUUCUUGAAAUGCUAUCAGAUUUUGAUCAACAUUGUAUGAUUCCUUGACAUGUGAUUUCUCAUGUGGGAACAACAGAAAUAUGAUUGAAUAAGGGCUUUUCUUGAGUAAGGAUGUUAGUCUUGGAACAUAUUACAGAUAAUAUAUACCGUAUUGAAUACGUAGUGGCACUUAAUUGGGAGAAUCCUAACAACCUCUAUUCUCAGAAAUAAUACAAACUUUGUAACAAUGUAAAACUCCGCUAUUAGGGUAUUGAACAAGUCACUACAGUAGUUUGAAUUUUCGUAUUUUAUGUUUGUUAGGGAACCAGACCCAAUUUCAUUGUAUGUGUAUUGUACAUGUAUAUAUGACAAAAUAAAUCUAAUGAGUAUUGACAUGCAUGGUUCCAUUUUAAGAAUCAUUGUCAUACAUGCAAUACAUGCAGCACUAAAAGUUGUCUUUAUGUGGUAGGGGGAGAGGGGAGCAGUGGGGGACUUGAUGAUUAUGUGAGUGGCUGAUAGCUUGCAAACUAAGUUGAUAUGAGGUGAUUUUUAUCUAAUUGAGCACAAUUUUUGUUGCUUUGAACUUUUUCAUUGGGUAGGCACGACUAGGAAGAUGUGCCCCUGCGCACUUCCCUAGAUUCGCCACUGUGAUAACGGUAUUAAAUAGUGUAGUAACGAUUGGAUCAGGUGGAAUUACUGUAGUUUGCUAUAUUAAGUUACUGUACAGUAUUAAUGCUUGGCAUAUUUAUUAUGGUUGUAAAUUACAUUUUGGGAGGGUUUUUUUUUCAAAUUACAGGAGCAAUAUACUGUAUUCAUUCUCAUCAUUUAUAGAACAUAUAUUUACAGUAGUCAGGUACUGUAAUAUGAAAGAAAAUACAGUAUAACAUUGAUAUUUGCACAAAAUAAUAACUACAACAAUAGUGAUAAUGUUUCAGGUAACCAAAAUAUAAUAUAAGGUUGAUGUGUUAGUAGCAGGAGACAGUAAUGUAAAUAAACAUAGAUAUUAGAAAAA